AUGCAAUACGUUCAGAUCGAUAUUCUUGUGAUGGAGGAAACCAUGUAUGGAGAGCGAUCGUACAGUCAAGCACUUUUUCUCACAGAUUUGUACUCAGGCUACACGUUUGCUCGAGCCUUGACUGAUAGCCCUGAUCUGGCUAUAAUAGUUCGUCAUGUAAUGGAUAUUUUCGGAUCAUUUGGCCCACCAGAGGUGUACCGAACAUAUUCGGCAGAGUACUCGCAUAUAAUAGCAGAUGUCAUGCUGGAUAUUGAGAGACUCUUCAAAGUGCCCAUAAAAAAUAUGGGCGUUGGGGGAGAUUUGACUCGGGAACUCGUCCGAUCUCUAUAUCGACGUGCUCAUACUGAAUUGAUGGCCACUAACCGUUGGGUGGAGGCUCUACCGUUUGCGGUUAUCGAGCAAAAUCAGCGCCCAUCUAUCGGUCGACUCUUCGAAUCCGGGAACGAGGACACCAUUCGAGCAAACCAAUUCCACCUCAAUGUAAUAGAAGCAAGCGAGAAGGGUUGA